AUGAAUCGGUAUACCUCGCCGUCUUCUUUCCUUACUCCGCCGUUGCUUAUCAUAAUCUUACCCAUUACCGCAUUACUGCUUUUGAUCUUUCUUCUUCCUUCAUUUCUCUCUAUCAGCUCCCAAAUUUUCCAACCAACUUCCUCAGUUAGGAAAAGUUGGGAUUCUAUCAAUAUAUUUCUGGUCUUGUUUGCGAUUCUUUGUGGUGUUUUUGCUAGACGAAACGAUGACGCAUCGUCCCCCGAUGAAGACGAACAAAAGUACAUCGGCGUCGGAAAUGUUUCCCGGGAUGCAGCUUGCAGCAAACCUGUCUCUGUUUCAGACCAAUGGUUUGAUCAGUAUGAUCAUCCUAAGAUCUACGAUACUCCUCCCCUGCCGGCAAUUAGCAUAAAGAGGAACAGCAGCUCGUACCCGGAUCUCAGGCAUGAAUCCUUGUGGGAAACCGGCGAUGAGAGGUUCCGGGUUUUCGAUGAUUUUGAAAUAAGUAAGGUCCGAUCAUCGGCAAUCUCCUCCGAUCAUCGUCAACUUCCACUUCGUAGAACACAGAGUGAACUGGAGCAUGAACGUACCAAAACCAAGGUGAUUCCAGUUGACACUUUUGUGCUUCGUCACCCUCUAAAUCCGCCGACAACGCCGCCGCCUCCACCUCCUCCUCCGCCUCCGGCGGUUCGUCAAAAACCCAGACGAAUAUAUCACUCAAUCAGAAAUGAAGAAAGAGUGGAGAAGGCAGUGGAAAACAAUGGUAUUACCGAGAAUAAGACUUCACCAGCAACUCCCCCGCGGCCACCCCCUCCUCCUCCGCCGCCAUCUUAUGUGAGGCGUGGAUCAGAGCAGAGGUACGGUAAACUUGAACGUAGAAAAAGUAAUGCAACGAAGGAGAUUAAGAUGGUGUUGAGUUCAUUUAUUCAGAAUCAGAGAAAGAGAAAGAAGAAGCUAAAAACAAAAAGUGCUGAAAUCAGGCAAGAUCAUCUUCUUUACUCUCCGCCAUCUGAAUCAUCAUAUUACAACCAGUCGACCGCUCCGGCAACGCCGCUUCCACCUCCUCCUCCGCCACCGUCAGUUUUUCAUGGCUUAUUCAGGAAAGCAAGCAAAAACAAAAGGGUUCACUCAGUCCCGGCGCCACCUCCGGCACCACCGCCGUCAUCGUUAACACGAUCUUCCAAGCCAAAAAUCCACGUCCCACCUCCGCCUCCGCCUCCGCCUCCGCCUCCCCCUGCACCAGCAACACCUACACGAGGACGAAUUUACCCAACAGCCACCCGGAGGCCACCGCUGCCAACGAGGGGGAACACUUUUUACGAAGAAAACAUAAAUAGCGGCAAUCAGUCUCCGAUGAUUCCCAUGCCUCCUUCUCCACCGCCACCUCCGUUCAAAAUGCCGGGGAUGAGGUUUGUAGUUCGAGCGGGAUUCGUUAAGAUAGGAAGCAGCCAGAGCUCCCGUUGUAGCUCCCCUGAGUUGGAGGACACAUCUCUUUUCUCCGGCAAGGAAGAAUCAGAAACGACAAGCUUGGAGGGGGGUGGUAGCGGUGGUUGUGGUGGUGGGUCAGUGUUUGUCCCAGUCCUGAUGUUAACGUAA